AUUUGUUAAAAAAAACGACAAAACAAUGUCGGGGAGCUUUUACUUUGUCAUGGUUGGUCAUCGCGACAAUCCUGUGUUUGAGAUGGAGUUUCUGCCUUCUGGGAAAGUUGAAUCAAAGGAUGACCACCGUCAUCUGAACCAGUUCAUUGCGCACGCAGCUCUGGAUUUGGUGGAUGAAAACAUGUGGCUGUCCAACAACAUGUACCUGAAAACUGUGGACAAGUUCAACGAGUGGUUUGUUUCAGCCUUUGUCACCGCAGGACAUAUAAGAUUCAUCAUGCUGCAUGAUGUGCGACAAGAAGAUGGAAUCAAAAACUUUUUUAAUGAUGUGUAUGAUUUAUACAUCAAGUUUGCAAUGAACCCAUUCUAUGAAAUCAAUGCACCAAUACGCUCGACAGCUUUCGAGAGGAAAGUCCAGUUUCUUGGAAAGAAGCAUCUUCUGAAUUGAUCAGUUUACACAAGGCCAUGUGUCUAUUAGUUGUAUAUAUACGUAACACAUUUGUUUGUCCUCUUUCUGUUAUAUUCUUUUCUAAAAUCUAAGAUGAUUUCAACUGAAUGCUGAUUUUUGUGUAAAAUAUAUCAUGCUUGUUUCAACAUUUUUUGAAAGAGUUAAUUUGUCAUAAUAUUCUUGUUUUGGCUUUUUAUAAAGCUUAACUUUAUUGUAAAGUGCUUCACAAAAAAAUAAAAUAAUGGAUCAGUUCAACAA